CUUCUUGCAAGUAUCUUUGUUUUUAUUUUGAUUACAGGCAAAAAUUUUAAGGGUGGAAAAUAAUCCAAAUUAAAUACAAUGAGUAAUAUACCAUUAUUUCCAAAUUUAAAACCUCGCUUGAUGCAUGCAUCUUGGUUUGAUGUCGAUCAACCUUGUGAUGAUGAAGAGGAAGUUACUCAAUUAGAAAAAGAUCAUGAACAUUGGCUGAUGUCUAUAAAGCAUAAAAAUGCCGAUUUAACUCCUAUUGGGAAAACAGCUUCGGAGGUAAUGAAAUAUAAUACCAUUGAGGAAGAUGAAGAAGAGGAUGACGAAGACGACAAUGAUGAUGAUGACGAAUCUGAAACACAGGAUGAAGAAGAGGAAGAUGAAAUUGAAAUGGACGUUUCUCAGGAACGCAGUUCGCCAGUGGAUGUUAGCAUAAGACUUGUUCAAGGUCAUGGCGUGCGAUAAAUUAUUAUAGUUCAUAUUUAUUCUACAAAUAAUAAGAUAUUCAGAUGCGUUUAUCUGAUUUGUUUUUAUUGAGUUUUCUAUCAUGUUAGGCUAUUACUAUGUAAAAUAUGCAAGUAUGUUGUCUUAAUUAUUUACUGUGUUUUAUAACCAAUAUAUACUUUAUAAAUCAA